UUGGAUAGUAAUGGGCCAGUUUAAGAGCGAAGCCCAAGCCCACAGCGACAAAACCCUAGUCUGAGGCGAGAACGCGCAUGCAUAUAUAAAAUAGAAAGAAGCACAGCUAGGGUUUGUGUUGUUCCACAGAGACGCAACAAUGUCGAAGAGAGGUCGCGGUGGAUCGGCGGGGAACAAGUUCAGGAUGUCACUGGGUUUGCCAGUGGCGGCGACGGUGAACUGCGCCGACAACACCGGCGCGAAGAACCUCUACAUCAUAUCGGUGAAGGGGAUCAAGGGAAGGCUGAACCGGUUGCCGUCGGCGUGCGUCGGAGACAUGGUUAUGGCAACCGUCAAGAAGGGAAAACCCGAUCUCCGUAAGAAGGUUUUGCCUGCCGUUAUCGUCCGUCAGCGCAAGCCCUGGCGCCGAAAGGACGGAGUCUACAUGUACUUCGAAGAUAAUGCUAGUGUGAUUGUGAAUCCCAAAGGUGAAAUGAAAGGUUCUGCUAUUACUGGUCCAAUUGGGAAGGAGUGUGCUGAUCUGUGGCCCAGGAUUGCUAGUGCUGCCAAUGCUAUUGUUUAAGUUGGUUUUAGCUACUGUAAUGUUUCUGCAUUUUGAACUUGUUUUUGAUUGUGUUUUAGGUUGAAUUGUAGACAUAUAGUCUGUCUUGCUUGAUUUUGAGAUGAGAAUGUUUUUGAUGGGAUUAAUUGAUAAUUAUAAGAGUUGUUUCGCUUUA